AUGUAUCACCUCGCCAAAGGCCUUUACCGCUUGGCGACGAGCAAAGAGGAAUACUCCGUCCUCCUCCUCGGCCUCGACAACGCCGGCAAAACGACCUUCCACGAACAAGUCAAAUCCAUCUUCCUCCCCGAUGGCCCGCCCCCCAACCUCAGAACCGUGCCCACCGUCGGCCAAAACGUCUCCACCAUCGUGCUCCCAGACAUGUACCUCAAGCUCUGGGACGUCGGCGGACAACUAUCCCUGCGCCGCCUCUGGCAGAGCUACUACGCCAGCUGUCACGCGAUCGUAUUCAUCCUCGACAGCACCGACAUCGGCGACGGGCGCACAAAAAAACACCGCCCAUCCCCCUCCACAUCCACCGCCCCGCCCUCCGGCCGACUCGAAGAAUGCCGGCUCGUCCUCGAAGACGUACUCCAAAACAGCGAAGCCGAGGGCGUACCCUUACUCAUCCUCGCCAACAAGCAGGACCGUGAGGACUGUGUCGAAGUGGUGCGCAUCAAAGAAGGGUUGGUUAAGCGGGUGUUUGAGGGGGAGAAGGCCGGUGGGAUUCGUGACUCGAGAGUGUUGCCGGUGUCAGCGUUGACGGGGACGGGGGUGACGGAGGCGGUGGAUUGGGUCAGGUCACGGGUGAAGUGGAAUAAGGAGUCUAGGCCGCCGGUUAUGAGGUGA